AUAUAUACUUCCUGUCAAUAAAUACCAAGAGUUUACAUCUCUAGGAUAGUAUCCAUGAAGAAGUUUCUGAAAGUAUCAAUGUCAAGUAUACAAUUAUACGAUAAUGUUAAAAGAAAGUUGAAAUAAUUUAAGGAAAUUUAUUUUGGACUUAUAAAAUAAAAGUACAAGAUGAAGCUUGAAUUAUACAACGAUAUAGUGGCAACAAUUCGAAAAUUUCGAGGUUUAUCAAAGGAUUGUAGGGAUAUUUUAAAAGAGAAGUAUAGCGAGAUUCCAAUACAUACAUUAUACAGUAUAUUAUCUUUAGAAGUACAACACAGAAUGAAAAUUAAUCAUAACAAGUUAUUUGGUAAUAAUAAAAACUAUUAUGAUACUUAUAUAGAAGCUGUGCAAAAUGGAGAACCUGUUGGAAUUUUAUUGAAAAUGGCAAAGGAUAUUGGUGCACCACCUGCAUUAUUAGCCAGAAAUGUUCUUGAAAAACAUUGUGGAAAAGAUGAAUCUAAUGUUUCCCGAAAUGAAGUUAGUAAACUAUUUAAGGAUACUACCCUCAUACAGGACAAAGAUCUUGCAUAUGAAGUCUAUUUGUGUAUAUUAUAUGACAAUUUGUAUGGCCCUAUAUCAGAUGCUGUGGGAACUUCUGUAGGUCAGGAAUAUGAAUUAAAGUUGCAAAACUACUUAAUAGAACGAAAUCUUGCAUUUCGUAAUGAGAAGCAUUUAAGAUCAAGGGGAUGCGAUAAAACUCCAGACUUCAAGCUUGAAGUACCAAUUGCAGUAAAUGGUUUUGUAAUUAACUGGAUAGAAUCUAAGGCAAGAUUUGUAAAUACGGAAAUACAUCAGAAAUAUAUCAAAGAACAAUUUCUAAGCUACUGGAACAGAUUUGGUCCAGGACUUGUAAUUUAUUGGUUUGGAUUCUUAGACAAUCUAAAUGAACCUAACGAAAAAAGAUUUAUCAUCAUGGAUCAUUUCCCAGAAGAUAUUACAUACAUGGAUCCUACUUGUAUUAAAUCUACAACUUUGUAAUCAUAACGAGCGUAAUUUAAAAAAUUUUAAUAAUGCUAAUAUUACAUGAUACUCGUAUAAUAAGAAUUACUGUUAAAUAUAAAUAGACAUUUUCGUUAAU